AUGGCACUUGCCGGUAGCAGCCUUGAGUUGCAAUGGCUGUCGCCGAAGCGGAUGCUGUGGCUCGAGCUGUUCUUUCAGUAUGCCAUCCUUGGUUCUGCACAGGAGGCUGGCGCUACGACUUUGGAUCGAGCUGGCAGCCAUGGAGUCUUCGACUUCGGAGAGUUGAAAACUUCUGGGAACAGCUAUUCAACGGAGAAGCUGAUGGGCACAUCUGCUGCCAUGAGUGCCAGACUCGGUGAGCUAUUGAUUCAUGGUGCGGCCGUGGAGGUCCUGAACGUGUCGUCGAGGCUCCUGCAUCGACCUCCGAAGAAGAAAACAUGGGCACUUUACAAUCCAUCGCUGCUGCCCCUGCGCUGGCGCGGUGAGGAUGUUUUCCUCAUGACGUACAGGGCCGGGACCUGGAACCUUUGCGCCUGGGAUGGGCGAGGUUCCCCGGUGGCGUCUCUGCCGAGAGUCGAAGGUCGGAAUCAGGCCACAAGCCGUGUCAUGGCUGCCAUCACGCGUCGUGACUUUUCGCCACUUGUGCCGGUGCACGAAAUCGGGAUGCAGAAGUUCCAGGAGCAUUCCUGCACGCAUUCAACAGGCAUGCGCCGUGUCGGCAUCGAUGACGGACGCUUGUUUUCCCUACGCGGCAAGCCGUUUGUGCUUUUUGCUGGUGUGGCGCCUGCUUUGCAGGACUACCCUUGCCAGCAUCGACAAUACCUGUGCCCUCUGGAGAUGCCUGAUGAGGCAUCGAACAACCUCAAGGAGUUAAAGGUAAAGUGCCUGCAGAAGGUGCUGCUGACCUUCGACUUCGCGGAUCAGCUGUCUGAGAAGAUGCUGGCACAAGACCGGCUAGGAAGCGUGCACCAGAAGAACUGGAUGCCGUUCGUUGUUGGAGACCAGCUCUUCUUGGUUUUUACAGUCGAGCCUCUGCGCGUGAUGCGUGUGGACACCACAACGGGUCGCUGCCUGGAGAUUAGCCUAGCAAAGACGCCAGCGCUGGUGGCUCUUCACAAUGCCGAACGUGAUGAGUUUCGCGGGCAUGGAGGACCAGCUCUUGUGGCCUUGCCGCCAACGCUCGGCAGCGGUCUCCUGGGACUGGCUCGGGUGCAAGCUGGCAACUUGCUUUACACCCACUUCUUCUUCACCCUCGACGUUCCCGACGAUCCGUCUGCAUCAAAUCCCUUUACCAUCUCGCGAGCCUGGUGGCCCAGAGCACGCGCCUCUCAAACCGAGCCGCAACGCAAGAAUGAACGCGCACACACAGACACACACACUCUGCGGAUCUCUGCGGUAUGA